AUGUCCCUCACACUAGAACAAGAAAUGGUCCAUCUCGCACCGGAGCAACACGUCCGCGCAAUCCUCCUCGCCCUCCUCGACGACCGCUCCGUCAAAGCCCGCGCCCUCAACCACUACCGUGCCCUCAAAGCCGCCGACAACCCAGUGACCGGUCUCAAGCGCAAAGCUAUGAACGACCUGUUUGUCUGUGUUCAGUGUGACCAGGCGUUUACACACCAAGAUAACACUGAGACGUCGUGUCGUUACCAUCCAGGUACGUUAACCAGCCCCGACUUUUCUGUGUGCGUGUUUGUUGCGAUGAGGCUGAUGACGUUAGGCGAACUUAUUGUUGAUGACACAGAGGAUUUCUGGGCGGAUCAUGAUGAGGAUUGCCAUGGGGAGAUUGACACGCCUGAGAUGAGAGAGGAGAUGCCUGAUGGGUUCCGCUGGAUGUGCUGUGAUAAAUUGGGUGGACGAAAAGGCUGUACCAAGGGAAAGCAUCAAGCUGAUCCGGCGAAGUCACGGAGAGGUGGAAAUGUCCCGUCUGGUGGUGACAUGAGGAAGAACAAUGGCGAACAUUUACCUGUUUCAGACGGCGAUAGUGAAGAUGAGGAAGAUGGCGACGAGGAAUAUUGA